UGGAUGAACUUUUACCUUUCUGUCUGCUUUACCUGUCUGAACUCAGCACUUUCUUGCUUGUUUUACUUGAUCUUUAAUCUACUCGAUGAUGUUAUUGACUCACCCAGUCUGCGUCACAUGUCGGAACCAUGCCGACCUUAUCACGUUUCUUUCAUCCUGUGUCUCUUCCCUUCGGUCGGCAACGGACAGGUUGAUCGCCGGAUAAGCCGGUUUUACAGACGCGAAAACCUCCCCGUCAAGCCCGACUGUUUUGCGGAGUUGCAAGCGUUCCUUUCGGUCUGGUCCGGGUAUUAUGGAGGGUUUAAGCGACAUCACAGGUGACCCAUUACUAGAUUGCCCACAGACGGUAUACGAGCAAUUCGAAUCAAUAGCUCGUCGGCACCAUGAUCGACCAGCUCUCAUUGAGAUCAGCAAAGAAAGAGACCACGAACCUCCGCCGCAAGGAUCGAGUCUUCGCCAAUGGACGUAUAAGGAACUGCUGCAUGCCGUGUCAAGCUUUGUGCCCUGGUUUGAAAGCCACGGCAUGGGGUCGGGCUCAAUCCUCUUCGUCCUCUGCCACAAUCGGGCAGAAUACAUCAUUGCCACAUUGGCAGCGCAUGCAGCGGGUUGGAUUCAUGUUCCUAUCAAUCCAAACGAACUAUCCAGCAAAGAUGAUGUGCAGUAUAUCAUCGACACGGUUGUCAACCAUUUAGACCCUGCCUCUAUCGGUAUUGUGGCUCAGGAUCGUUCCAUCCGCCCGAACCUCGACCGGCUCAGAUGGCCGGCCCCAACAGUCCAAGUUUCAUUUCUCGAUGAUCAAGUACCAUGGCUCUCCUUCAAUCAGAUGUCUACUCUUCGAAGCAAGGUAGAGAAGGCAGGGAAAGGAGAAGCGAGAUCCGUGCUCUUCACCAGCGGAGCAGCAUCCCGCCCUAAAGGCUGUCCCUUGAGGAUGACGGCAUACAUUCACGUCCUGUUUAACUCGCUCGGUAUUGGGAACCUCAAACCUGGCGACAAGCUGCUCUCAACUGCCCCAAGCUAUCAUGCCCUUGGGCUUCUUUGCACUAUUCUUCCUCUGGUUCAAGGGGCAUGCGUCGUUUUUGCUGGGAACACUUUCGAUCCCUUAUUGACUAUCGACACAAUCCAGCAUCAAGAAUGCACACACUUGUGUUUAGUUCCCACCAUGCUGCACGGCCUCGAGCAGGUCCAUUCUACUUUCAGUUUUUCCAGUCUACGUGCGGUCCUAUUCGCAGGAAUGGUCCUCAGCCCCGAUGCUCUCCGCCGCCGCUUGGAGCUUUUCGGGAACAUAACAGUCGAGAACCUGUACGGGAUGAGCGAAGGGGUUGUGGCUACCACCGGUCCCGUGGGGGAUGUAAGUCGCAUCUCGCAAGGUCAAGAUGUGGCAGUCGGGAGACCUGGCAUGGGGGCACGGAUUCGUAUUUGUGACCUUGGUCAGCGAUCUCCUCUUGCAGUGGGACUGCCAGGUCAAUUACACUACGCUGGGAGUUCUUUGAUUCAGCACUAUCUCGGGGCAUCCGACGACGAUUUUCAUGAUGAGCCAGACGGUCUGCGCUGGUUCAACACGGGUGAUCAGGCAUUUGUAGGGACGGAUGGGCUGGUAUAUCUGAUUGGGAGGUACAAGGAUUUGAUCAUUCGUGGCGGAGAGAAUCUUUCUCCGGCUAGGAUUGAAGGCGUCUUGGCUGAGGUCCUGGAGCUGCGUUCGUUGAACACGCAGAUCGUGGCCGGGGGAGAACCAAUUGCUGGGGAAGUUCCGGUGGCUGUCGUUGCCGUGGCUCCUAGUGCCAAGCAAGUCAGCUUGAUCCAGAGCACGGUACGCUCGGUACUUGGGGUGAUCCAUGUCCCCACGGCUGUGGUUUCGCUUCAGGAUCUGGGCAUUGAUGACUUUCCACGAACGGGUGCAGGGAAGAUACGAAAAUCUAAUUUGUGCGCUCUCUAUCGCUUGUUCGAAGAGCGCCAAGCCCAGCAUGGCGUUGGCAUGAUCGACCAGCCGGUUGACGUCACCGAGGCAGUGACAGGGGUGUGGGCGCGCACUCUCGGCAUCAAGACAUCCGAGAUCGAUGUCGACGCUCCUUUGUCGAACUUCGCGGAUAGUAUCUUGCAGCUCACCACGCGGCACCAAAUCGAAAAGGCUACCGGACGGUGUGUGGCUCUGGCUGAGUGGCUUCAAGCGACUAGCAUCACAGAGCAGAUAUCUCUUCUCGCCAGCAGUGAUGUCGCUCCCCACACCAAUAGCGAUGGUAAGGAUCUCGGUAAAGACCAGCAAGUUCCAGAUAUCGAUUCCGUGGUCUACGCUACACUUGUCUUGUGUGAAUGAAAUGGGAUUGUAUCAGGUCUUUCGGUGUAAGUGACAUCCGUAGGCCGCAGGUUAAUGGCGUGGACCGUUGAAUUCGGGCGAUGGCUGGUGAAUCCCUACAGCCAGGUGGAUUCACAAUCAGGGGUUGGGACAAUAGACUGUAUUGCAAGUUAAUCGAGC